AUGGCGGUCGCUCAACCGACAAAGGCGAAGCCCGCCUCAAAACAGCCGCCCAACAAUGCCAGCGCAAAGACAAAGUCCCAGAUGCACCGCCGCUCAAGAACAGGCUGCUACACUUGCAGAUUACGGCGCAAGAAGUGCGAUGAGGGCACACCUUGCUGCAAGGCCUGCCGGCACCUUGGCCUCAAGUGCGAAUACAAGCGGCCAAUGUGGUGGGGAAACAACGACGCCCGCAGCCAGCACAAGGAGGACAUCAAGAUGAUCAUCAAGCGCAAGAAGCUCUCCGAGAAGGCUUCUCACACAAUCAACACUUCGAUAAACUCGCCGCCUGGCCUCUCUCACUCGCUCCCGACGUCGGCAACCUUCUCCGACCCCCUGGACAGGACGCGAUCCGCCUCCAUCGAUUCGCACUUUGCCUUCAACUUCAACAGUCCGCCCAAUUCUCAAGACUAUGGCUAUCCCGAGAUGAUGUGCCCGCUUUCGCCAUACGAGAUCGAUGUCCGCACGGAAAGGCAGAUGUUCAUCGACGAUGUUCCUACCCUCCGAGAGUCGACCAUCUCCACCUUCAGCACCUUCCACACACCGCCAGCUUCGGGCACUGUCCUCAACUUCCCCUACGAUGGCGAAUGGACAGAAGAAGUAUACCAGGAGCGCAGAGAGUCUCUCUCCGAAGAGGCCCUGAACGUGAACUUCUUCGACUUCGCUCACGGCCCAGCAAUGUCCUCGAGGCAAGUAGACAUCGAGUUGGAUGAGAACGACCAGCGACUCCUCAACCACUUCAUCCAAUUUGUUCUCCCAACCAUCUUCCCCAUUCUCGAGACAAACCAGCACGGCUCAGUCACAUCGGACCUCAUUCUACCAGCUCUCCAGAGCAACAAGGGCUACCUCCACUGCUGCCUGAUGAUGGCUGCGCAGCACCUCAAGGCGGCCUCCAGUGGCCAGACGGACGAGAUUGACGCCGACAUCAUGCGCCACAGGCAUGUUACCAUCCAGGCCCUCUGCGAAGCCCUGACGCGGGACGAGAACCACCAGCAGAUCCUCGAGGCAACUCUGGGCCUCAUCUUCUUCCAGUCUUGCGUUGGUCGCUACGACGACUCCCUUCCUGACAUCCCCUGGCACCAGCACUUCCAGGCCGCGCAGUCUCUCGUGCAGAGGCUCCAGCUUCCUCAGCUUGUCGCCGACCCCAACCUGCCCCAGACUCCCUUCAACAUGACCCUCACUGCUUGGAUUGAUAUCCUGGGUGCUACCAUGCAGGGCCGCGCUCCUGUGUUCGCACACCACUAUCGGGAGAAGCACCUCUCGCCCAGCAACUCAUCCCUUGGUCUGCGCGAGCUCAUGGGCUGCGAGGAUCGUGUCAUGUAUCUAAUCUCCGAGAUUGCAUGCCUCGAGGCCCUCAAGAUUGAUGGCAUGGACGAAAUCAGCCUCUGCCAGCAUGUGCACGCCCUGGGCGACCAGAUUGGCCUCACCGAGGUCGGCGACUGCAGCCCCAAGAUGCCCUUCAACGCCAACGGCACCCUGAGCCCCAAGCAGCUCAGCAAGAACAUCACCAGCGCGUUCCGCGUCGCGGCCCGCAUCUACCUCUGCAGCCUGGUCCCCGGCUUCUCGCCGAGCCAAGCCAGCUGCAUCGGCCUCGUGGAGAAGCUCACAAACAUUCUCCAGCACAUCCCCUCCGGCCCUGCCGGGUUCGACCGCAGCCUGUCCUGGGUCUAUCUCAUCGGCGGCUCCGUCAGCCUGGCCAACUCGAGCUUCCGCCAUUUCUUCGAGGACCGCAUCGCCCAGCUUGGCGACGCCUCGGUGGUUGGCAGCUUCGGCGGCGUGUCCUCGCUCCUCCGCGAGGUCUGGCUCCAGCUCGACAACUGCCCUCCUAGCCCCGGCGCCACGGGCGCCACGGAGAUUCCUUACAUCUGCUGGCGGGAGGUCAUGGCGAUGAAAGGAUGGGACUUUUUGCUCAUCUAA